AGGAAAACACAACGAGGGGCGCCUACUCACACUGCCCCAGACCGUCGGAAGCCGGGCGGCCAUGGCCUGCUCUCCGUCGCGCGGAAGUGGGCGGUCCAAACGGACGCUGGCGAGUCACGGGCGGGGCCUCAGCGACGGACGCCGCGCCGCCCGCCCCUCUGCCCGGGAACGGGCGCUGCCUCACCGGGGCAGCGGGGGGCGCCAGCAGGGCCGGCUGGGAGCUCGCGAGUCCGCCCGGGAGCGAACACGGCGCUGCUGCGGGCGGCCCCGACGGGUGCGGCCUCCAGCCACACUCACCCUGUGCGCGCCGCACAAUGGCGCCCGUCGGCCCGCGGCGAAGUGCGUCAGCGCGCGGUCCGGACUACAACUCCCAGAAGCCCCUGCGGCGCGCCCCAAACGGCCGCACCCUCGCCGCGGCCAUUUUGACCUGCCCGUCUGGGCGGCGGACGAAGCCGGGCCGGCAGGAAGAGGGCUGGCGGCAGCCCAGCGGGACCAGGGUACGGAACCUGAUGGAACACCAUCUCCAUUGAAUGAGUAGUUGGGUCUUUUUUACAUCUGGCAGAGGUGCCCAUGUCCAGGAAGGGGAAGCCCAAGUCUGUUGCUGAUCAAAACCUGGUGUAUGCACAUCUUCCACGUCAGCCCAGAACACGGAGCAUUCUCUUGUCUUUCUCAUUGUCCUGUCUGCUGUUCUUUUCUGAGGUGUCUUGUCUUCUGGCCCCAGGAAAAUGUUGAACUGGCUAAUGUAACAUGUUAAAUAAUCAUGUUUACUAAAAUUUUGUUUUGAGUAAGUAUACUGUGGAAAACUGAUUCAUGAAACAUUUUAAUGUAAUUCAGUUGCAUACUCUCGGCAAAUUAAGCAGGAUAUUUAAUAUAAUUGUAAAAAGCAUGAGUUCUGAAUAAAUGUUAACCAUUAUACAUGUAAAAU